AUGGCACGGUUGCGCAAAACAAUGCGCAAAAGACCCUGACAAUAUGCAAAUGUUGUGUUGUGUACGCCAUAUUGAGGUCUGAAUAUAGAAAAACUAUCGGUUCCAAUCGCAAUAUAUCGGUGCCAUCGGAGGCACUAUUAAUAAUAUUAGGUGCUCGUGAGCCUUAAGAUGGCCACAACAGAUAGUAAAAUGUCUACAACCGAAAGGAUCAUCAAAAGUGUUCCUUUUCCACCAAGUCAUAGGGUUAGUAUGAGUGAAGCAUUUGAUGCCAAAGGAAAACCAAGACCAGAUAUUCUUAAGCAACAUUUUAUCUUAGAAGGACGUGUAACAGAGGAUGUAGCUUUACGUAUUAUCAAUGAAGGUGCAGCUCUUUUGCGACAGGAGAAGACCAUGAUUGACAUAGAAGCACCUGUGACUGUAUGUGGUGACAUUCAUGGACAGUUCUUUGAUUUGAUGAAGCUGUUUGAAGUCGGUGGUCCUCCUGCAUCUACCAGAUACCUUUUUUUGGGAGACUAUGUAGACAGAGGUUAUUUUAGCAUAGAGUGUGUACUUUACUUGUGGGCUUUAAAAAUCUUGUAUCCAACCACAUUCUUCCUGUUAAGAGGCAAUCAUGAAUGUAGGCAUCUUACUGAGUAUUUUACAUUUAAGCAAGAAUGUAAAAUAAAAUACACAGAAAGGGUAUAUGAUGCUUGCAUGGAGGCCUUUGAUUGUCUGCCACUGUCUGCUCUGAUGAAUCAACAGUUUCUAUGUGUCCACGGAGGACUUUCGCCUGAAAUUCACACUUUAGAUGAUAUUCGUAAGCUGGAUAGAUUUAAGGAGCCACCAGCAUUUGGGCCUAUGUGUGAUUUGUUAUGGUCUGAUCCUUUGGAGGAUUUUGGUAAUGAAAAGUCUUCAGAACACUUUACGCACAACACUGUUAGAGGUUGCUCAUAUUUCUACAGCUAUGCAGCAUGUUGUGAUUUCUUGCAACAGAAUAAUUUGUUGUCCAUAAUACGGGCACAUGAAGCACAAGAUGCAGGGUAUAGGAUGUAUAGAAAAAGUCAAACUACAGGUUUUCCAUCUUUGAUAACAAUUUUUUCAGCACCUAAUUACCUAGAUGUUUACAACAAUAAAGCUGCUAUUCUGAAAUAUGAAAAUAAUGUGAUGAAUAUUAGACAGUUUAAUUGCUCUCCACACCCAUAUUGGCUACCGAAUUUCAUGGAUGUGUUUACUUGGUCCUUACCUUUUGUGGGUGAAAAAGUCACUGAAAUGCUGGUGAAUAUACUCAACAUAUGCUCUGAUGAUGAACUUGUUGCUGAAGGAGAACAGGACUCUAUGGAAGGUGACGGUGCAAACAAGAGCAAAUCUCAGGCAAAUUUUGACCUUAUAGCUGCAAGGAAGGAAGUGAUUCGGAACAAAAUCAGAGCUAUUGGGAAAAUGGCAAGAGUGUUCACAGUUUUGAGAGAGGAAAGUGAAAGUGUACUGCAGCUAAAAGGUUUGACUCCCAAUGGACUUCUUCCUUUAGGAGCUUUGUCUGGUGGCAAAGAUACACUUAGCAGUGCACUGAGUGGAUUUUCACCCAAUCACAAAAUUAGUGGUUUUGAGGAAGCUAAAUGCCUAGAUAAGAUGAAUGAAAGAAUGCCCCCUAGAAAAGAUGCUGUCAAUUCAAAUAACAAAGAACAUUCAAAGUCUUAACUACUGUUUUACACCCUCAAAUUUAUCUUUUUAAAUAAUUAUUGUGAUGUUUUUGUUCUGCUUGAUCAUGAUAUUGUGAAAGAAUGAGUGUUUUCUUAACUUGUCAUUUAACUGCAAUGAUAAAAUGAAAUGAUUGUUUGCACUAAGAUCUGGCUUUUAUAUAAAAGUAUUUUAAGCCUUAAAAGUUACAAUUUAAAGAAUACUUUUGGUGAUCAUAGAAAGGUUCCAUGCACAUUUAUAAUGUGUGAUAGUUGAAAACAGUUACAUUUUGUCAAAAAGAAAUGUAGCUGUUUUAUUAGUUCAAUGGUGAAAAGUAGUUUCAAAGGUAUGAAAAGUUAAGUAUUACUAUCACACUAAUGGUGCAUGACUAUUUUAGCUUGAAAAUGAAGGUCAACAUUUAAUAGAAAUUAUUUCCAUUUUGUCAUCAUCUCCUACUUUUGUUCAGUAACAAAAAUUAAUUUGCAUCUGUAAAUGAAGCUGCAUCUUGGUUUUUCAAAUAGGUUUUGUAUAAGCAGUAUAAUGAACUUUUAUCAAUGAAGUAGGCCUAUCCAACUAAUCAUGUUACUAAAUUAUGUGUUACAAUUUCUUGGUGAUUCUCACAUUAUAUUUUAUGCUAAAGUAAAAGAAAAGCAGAUAAUUUUCUAUGAUUGUUGAAGAGUUACAAAAAAUGUGUGAAUAAAAUGUAACUAUUUUAACGUGGUGUAAAGAUAUUUUUGUCAGUUGCUAUCGCUUUAUUUGUGUGGAAUUAUUUUUAUAUCCAUUUUUCUAUAUUGCAAAGAGUUUUAAGUGUCCGAUACAGUAGGAGUCUUAAGCAAAUUUUAAAAACUAUUACUUCUUUCCCUUUCUGUAAGUGAUUAGUUUACUAUUAAACAACUUAUCUAAGAAAACAAAUUGAGGAAUUAAAGUUCUAAGGUAUCUUUGAAGUUUUAUGAAUUGGUUUUGUUUUACAUAAUUUAGAUCUGAUCAUGUAAUUAGCAAUAUAUAAAUAGAUUAUUUUGCAUUUUUUAAUCUAGUCAGUUGUAAACAUAAGGUUCUUUUCUUUUUAUUUUUUGUCAGCUGUUUUUCUUUUCUUUAAUUGUAAUAGUGUUUUGAAGUAGUCCCUUUUCUAACUGUAUCUGUUUUAUUAAGUUUUAAAUUCUCUCUGCUUGAAAUGUUUAAAUUACUUUACAGAUAUAAAUGAGAUUACAUUAUCUAUUCUUGUCUCUUCAAGAUUCUUUGUUUUUUUCAAUGUGCAAGUUGGUGGGUCUAGGCAAUAGGUAUUUAUUUUUUUAAGAUAUUAAAUUAAAUGAUCUCAUGUGAUAAUAUCCAUUGGUAAAACUAUAAACAAAGUUAUAACAUCACUAUAAUUUUCAAUCAACCAAUUGAACUAUUUUAUCUUAAAAAGAGUUUACAGUUAGUAGAGGGGCUACUGAAGGUAUGAAACUAAAUGCUUAGUGUGAUCUAAGAAUAUAUGAGUUGACAGGAAUUAUUUUUAAAAUAAUUUCUUUUUAAAGUUCAUGUCACACAUUUUUCUAUUGCAAAGAAAAUUAUUUAUGCCAUUGUAGCUUCAGAAAGCUGAUUAUCUUUGCUGAUAUCACCAUUGUUUCAGAAGAAGUAAUUGAUUUUACAUGCAUAAAAUGGUUGUUGAUUGGUUUUUUUAAAAAUACAUUUUCCAUCUUAAAACUUAUGUGUGCAAGUAUUGUUAAUGUAAUAGCAGAUUUUCUGCCUAUGAAGGCGUUAUUAUGUGAUAUUCUCCAUUUCUUCUUUUUACAAUUAUGCACUCCUGUUGUAUCUCCUCACCUGUCCAUGUUUAAAAUAUUUAUAAAUGGGAAAAACUUGUUGCUAUAUCUUGUGUUGUAUUUUUUUUUAAACACACAGACACAAUGCAUCUUAACAAUAGAAUUGCUAAUGCAUAAUCAAUCUAGCUUUUAUUUUCUAAUGUGAUAUACCUCAUGUGCUGUUGUAUUGCUCUCCCCUUUUUUCCUCCAAUUUUCAUACUACAUUUUAUUUCAGUGGCUAGUACUUCUACUCUUACACUUGUGUAAACCAAAUUUUUCUUGUUCACUUUUUCCUAUAAUAUACGUUUUUAUAGUCAGCGGUAGUGUUUUAUUUAACUUUUUCUCUCCCUAUUACAAAUUAAUACAUUCAUCUUAUAGUUUUUAUAAAUGUUUUUCCUGAACAUACAAUGUAUACCAUAACAGUAUGUUGUUCCCUGUUUUAAUUUUCUAGUGUUUAAGUUAGGAAUAAAGCAAAUGUUGAGUACAAUUUUAAAUAAUGGACAACCACAUACAUUUUUAACAUAUUCUUGUAAAAGAAUAUGGAGGAAUGCUACAAAAUAUUUUACAAUUGUGUAUGUUGAUAUAAUUUUAAAUAAAUUGUAUUUGUAACUAUUUAUUACUAUUUACCUACUAGUUAGAUUACAAAUACAGAACAGUGAUCAUUUUAUUUUUUAUAAUACAAGUGGACAUGUAUAAAUACAUUUUUUAAUCAGAAAACUUCACCAAUAUUAAAUUACAAAGUGAAAGUUGGUAAGACACAAUUUGAGUGCAAUUUUAAUACCUGUAUUUAUUUUUAAUCAUACACUACAUUCCCUUGUACUUGUGUUUAUUCAUAUUUGAAGUCAUUAAGAUGAGAAUGUGUUUUGGUUCAUAAAUUAAGUGUUUUCUUUGUACAGCACAAUGGAGAAAAAGGCUUUUGAAAAUCUCAGGAUACUUUUUAAAGAAAUGCUUUUCUUAAUUGAGGAUGGCUUGUUCUAACAAAAAAAUAGCCUGUUGUGUAGAGAACAAAUAUUUAUGCAAAACUGGUGAUAUUAAUCAUACUUCAUAAAGAAGGUUGCCUAAACCUGUUUCAAAAUUUGCUUGCUUUUAUAAAGUUAAAAAAUUUAUAAAUAAAUAAAUUGCAUUAUGCUUAUGAUAAUUAGUUUUUAAAAAAUAUUCUUGAAGUUUUUCUUCAAUCUAAGACUUACAUUUAGAAAAUGCUUUUAAUAAAAAUACUUCUUAAUAUGCCAUCAGUUUUGCUAACAGUUUUUAAAACAAUUACUUUUGCUGUUUAUGACAGUUUUGUAAUAUUCUAUACAAGUUCAGAACCAGAAUAUAAGAUACUUGCAAAAAUAUAGCCUUUAUUAAAAAUUGUGUAAAUAUAUACAUUCUUUCAAUAAAUAAAUAAAAUUUGGGUUGAUCUACUUUUUUUUCAACAACCAACAUGGUCUUCAAAUAUUUGUAAUGUUCAAAGUUCAAUAUUUGCAUUUAUUUCCUCCAUACCUAAAUUUUUCACCCCCUUGGACCUUAAUGGAUGUGUGAGUGUGAAUGCUUUUUUUAUUUUCCCAAAGUUAUAUUUAAUAUUCAAAUAAUUAAAAAAAAGGGUUAACUGUCAUUAAAAGCACCUGCUUUGUGUACAGAUUUAUUGUAGUUAAUGCACCAUUAUGUCAUAUUGGCCUUGUAUAGAUUUUCUUUUUAUUUAUUUUCCCCCUGAAAUUAUUCAAUAAUUGACCUUUUUCCAUCAUUUUGUCAGAUGUCUAACAUUGUUGUAUAUCAUGCAUGUAUCCAUAAUUGUAAAUUUUGUGUUAAAAAUUUAUUAAAUCACAUUUCUUUUGCUUA